AGGUGGAAAAGGGUUGAUACUAUUUGAUUAGAGAGAAAGACACAAUAACGCGUAGCAGCAAACAGUUGAAGUAUUCUUCACUCCAAACAAAGAGUCGAAAAUGUCAGACCCAACGUUGCAGGUACUGGACGGAACGCAACUCACAGGUCUCGAUCUGUCCUUAGGCGACGGUUCAUUCACCGGCGCUCAGAUAAUCGACAUUGCUCAUUCCCGCGCCUCUUCUUCCCUCUUUCGUCUCUCAUUACCCGAUACUCUCAAAGCCUCUGCUCUCACGCGCCUCCGUACACCAGACGCCGACGCCUUCCGCUCCGCUGUGUACGCCUCCGAUAAGGCAUCCGAUGUUCUCCGAGACUACAUCACCGCUGUCGCCGAUGAACUAAAAGAAAAACCUCUUGUUGUGUCAAUCUUGGAUGGAAGUACUCUACGUUUGUUGUUAAAGGAUGAGGAAGACUUCGCCAUGUUAGCAGAAAGUCUAUUUACCGAAUUAGAUGAUGAAGAUGAGGGGAAAAUCAGCAAGAGUGAAAUUCGGAACGCUCUUGUCCAGAUGGGAGCUGAGAUGGGUGUUCCUCCUUUCUCAGGUUAAUAUUACUUUUUAGUUUGGAUUUUGUUC